AUGAAAUGCUGUUUAAGUAGUGAUAAAAUGUGUUGUUUAAUAAAAUUAUCUAUUAUUUCUACAUUAAUAGUAGUUUUUGCUGCCAUUUUUAUUUCAAUAUUAUUUCCAUUCACUUCAAAGCCUUUUAAUGCUCAAGAGUAUAUACUUCCAUCACCGAAACCAUUAAUUGGAACAUUAUCUAUAAAUAAUUUUUUGACGGUAGGAAAAAGAAUUUUAGAAAAUGAAAUUAUAGGGCCGGAAGCUUUAGUUGUUGAGGGUAAUACAAUUUAUGCAACCACAUUUGAUGAUAAACAAGAAUGUGGUACAUAUGAAACUGAAACAAAAUGUGGAAGGCCACUUGGUAUAAGAAGAUAUAAUAAAGAUAUUCUUAUUGUUAUAGAUUCAUAUUAUGGGAUAUAUUUUGUUGAUUUUUCAAGAAAUAUUUAUAAGAAAGGUUUUGAAUUAUUUUUAUCUUCUGAUGAAUUAACAAAAGAAAAACCAGCAAUGAUGUUAAAUGAUUUUGAUAUUAUAAAUAAUGAAGAUUUAUAUAUCUCAGAUUCAUCUUCUAAAUGGGACCGUAGACGUUUUUUUCAUAUUUUAAGUGAGGCAGAAAGUAAUGGACGUAUAUUAAAAGUAAAUUUAAAAACAAAAAAUGUUUCAGUUUUUCAAGAAAAUUUAUUCUUACCAAAUGGUGUUCAACAAAUUUCUGAAGAUAGUAUAAUUGUUGCAGAAUGUGGAAUGGCAAGAAUAUGGAAAAUGUAUAUAUCAGGUGAUAAAAAAGGGCAUCGUGAAAUAUUUAUUGAAAAUUUACCGGGGCUUCCAGAUAAUAUUAGAUUAUCUAAGUAUAGUAAAACAUUUUAUGUUGGGUUAACUGGUAUAAGACACUCAAAUAAAUUUAAUAUGUAUGAUGAGAUGGGUAAACAUAAAACAUUUAGAAAUAUUCUAGCAAAAAUUUUACCAGAAAAAUUUUUCUCAAAAAUUCCUUCACUUUUUGUAGACAAACAUUCUAUUUUAAUUGAGAUUAACUCAAAGGGAGAAAUUAUUUCGUCGUAUCAAGACCCACAAUCAACAGUUGUUGAGGAUGUAUCUCAUGUUGCUGAUGAUGAAAAGUAUUUAUACUUGGGAAGUUAUCAUAGUAAAUUUAUUGUUAAAGUUCCUAAAAUUAUUGUCUAA